GAGUGUUCCCAAUUCAGAUUACAAAAACACACGUGACGCCUUAAUCCGAUUGCCUACUUUGCCUGACCCAUAUCCAUAAUCAUGAUAAUGAGAACGUGCGAAAUUAACUUGGAGGGAAACACUUGUGGAAUUGAAUUUUAAAGGAUUAGAAUCAAUAAAACAACUAUCUUUUGUUGAAGGAGUGAUCCCCCGGUAAGGUCAAGAAAUCAAUAAACAUAAAAAAUGGGAGAUUAUUACGAGUAUGAGAGCGAUGAAAAUGAUGAUCAGAAGCAACCAAUUCAUCGCAAAAUCUACCCAAUCUACGGCCGAGACCGCCGGCGCAGUGAAGGGUCGACGUAUCUGGUGGGAUCGUCGGGCGACAGCAGUGGCAGUGCACUGAUGAAUUUCGACAGUGAUUCUCAUUGUGAUCCAAAGGCCCUGCUUCAAGCGGUGGUGUUUGUUGAAGAUGCAGUCAAGUUCCGGAGCAUCAAACACAAGAUAGACCCUUUCUCUCUCUGGUACUAUAGGGUCUACUAUUCCAGGCCAAUUCAAUGGACCCUCUACAUAGCAAUCUUCACAAUCCUGUUUCUAGCAUUCUUCGAGCCCCCUUCCUCCCUCACGACCGGCAACAGCUCCGACCCCCGUUACCGUGGCGACCGCAUCCAUGCACCCUGUGGCGUGACAGAGGGCAUCGAGUUCGUCUGUCUCCUCAUCUUCUUUUACGAUGUCUGCACCAAGAUUUAUUUAAUAGGUCUGUCGGAGUUGAAGAAGAGCAAAUGGCUCGUUGCCUACGUCGUUGUCAUAGCAAUCUCUCUCAUCGAUUGGCUGGUCACAAUCAACUUUGCCUGCAAUGAGCUCUUGAGGGUUCGCCGCUUCCUACGACCCUUCUUCCUCAUCCAGAACUCUCAGUUGAUGAAGAAAACCGUGAGGAGCAUCAAAAACACCAUGCCAAAAGUAGCAAGUGUGAUCCUACUUCUUCUGAUUCACAUCUACUUCUUCACCAUGUUUGGAAUGCUGCUGUUUCCCAGACCUGAAGGCGAUGUUAAACCCUCGGAUCUUAAUAACAGGACUGUGGUGAAUCAGACAACAUUGACCGUCAAUGCUUCAAAAAUAGUGGAUGCUAGAUUAUUCCAGGAAGGAUUGCAGCAUUUUGCCAGUAUAGGGGAAUCAUUUUUGAGCCUCCUCGUGCUCCUCACUACGGCAAACAACCCCGAUGUUACCAUGCCUGCUUACCAAAACAACCGAUUCUAUGCUCUUUAUUUCAUCAUCUUUCUUGGUAUCGGUCUUUAUCUUUUCUUCAAUAUGCUUACUGCUGUGAUCUACAAUGAAUUCAGAGGAUAUUUAAUUACGUCAAUGCAGUCCAGUCACUUCCGUAGGAGACUGGGGUUUCAGGCAGCGUUUGAGAUGUUAAGAGCUCAGAUCAGGACGGUCAACGGAAGCAUUGAGAGAUCAACUGUUAGUGUCAGUGUGGUAAAAUCUGUUGUUCUCCAAGCUAGUAUACCGGAGUCAGCUAAAAAGACUAUUUUAACAGAGUUAGAUGCUAAUAUUGGCGGAGUAAUCACAUCAUCUGAGUUCCAAAGACUGUUCGAUUGUCUGGAUCAUCAAGCAGACGGAGAUGAGACUCCAAGUCCUAGACAAAUAACUAGACCAAGACUACGGAAACUCCAAGCCUUCGUCGUUCAUCGUUUCUUUGGUUACUGCGGAACAGCUGUGGCUGUUGUAAACAUCGUAUUUAUUAGUAUUGAGAUCUCUACGCAGUACAACAGAAGCCUUUAUCACAGUGAUUCGGAAUUGACAAAGUUCAACAUAGUUUUCAUCAUCUAUUAUUGUAUAGAACAGAUGCUGAAAUUUUGGGCUCUCGGCUGGAGGUGUUUCAAAUCUUCUAUAACCAACGUCCUUGAUGCCCUCUUCACAGCUGUCUUACUAGUAGCAGAGAUAUUAUAUCUUUCGAUGGAAGGAUCUCGAACUUUUCCAGAUAACACCAUCGGCUAUGCAAUGUACGAUCUUGUCAGGAUAAUAAACAUUCUUAUCACCUUCCGGCUUUUCAGGAUUGUUACACAUUUUACAACCAUGGCCAUUGUGAUUAGUACGAUGCUGGAUCUGGUUAGAAAUCUACGAGCCUUUCUUGGCAUCCUAGUGGUAAUCUACUAUGUGUUUGCGAUCCUUGGAAUGGAAAUCUUUCGAGAUCAGAGCCCACAACCCCCUAAUAUCACAGACGUCACGCAAAUUCCAAAGUGUGGGACCUAUGAGCAGCUGAAUUACUAUGCAAACAAUUUUGAUGAUUUUGCUUCGGCCAUUGUUGUCCUGUGGGACAUCAUGGUUGUAAAUAACUGGCACGUCUUCCUGGCAGCGUACUCGCAAACAGUUAAUAGAUGGUCCCAGAUGUAUUUCAUCGCUUGGUACUUUACAUCGGUAUUAGUUUGCCUCAAUGUAUUUACUGCAAUCAUUCUAGAGAACUUCAUCACAUCCUGGGAUCGAAGCCAGAAGAGGCAACAGCAAUCUUUAGAAGAGGGCAAUAGACCUACAGCUUAUCUAAUGUCUGUACAUACUAUGUUUAGGGACGAUCUUCAAGAACCUACUGAGAGUGAACUCCUAGAUGAGAUCUUCAAGCAUCCUCAUAUACAAAACCUGCGCUUUUGAGACCAUCCCUAAGUCAGUGUUUUGUCAAUUUCCUUGCAGACUCGACCCCAUGGCAAUCAUAACCAGUAUCUUCUUUUAUAUAAAGUAAGGACAAAGAUCAACCAAAGAUGUAAGAACUGCAUGUGGAUAUAUGAUGGUGGUGAAUUUUUACCUGAUUACCAAAUGCUUGUAAAUAAGCAACCUGAGGAUUGACAGCUUGUGUCCUCUCCAAGGGACCUGGUAAUGAGGAUCAAUGCAUUACCAAAGGACACUAUAGCGCAACAAGUGGGAAACGAACCCGGGUCACCGGAAUCCGAAACCCUGCUCUACCGACUGAUCUAUCACGUAUAGCCCACCCAUUCAUGUGGAAUGGUUAUGAGGUGCUAGGUUCUAAGAGAACAGAGUGAAAUGGUUCAUGAAACGAUGUAAGUUGAAGAUGUACAAGUCAACAGUCAAUUUGGUGGAACUGUUACAACCAAAAAUAUGGGCAGAUUACAGAUUGAUUAUGACUGGUUUUCUUCUGGGGACGCUGAGGAUAUCUCUUACAUUCAAGAAUUCUAACAUUUAGUAGAGAUGCGGAUGAUGACCUUCCGCCUUCUGGAGCACCUACGUUUCCUGAGGCCAAAUUGAAGGAGAAAGACUUUUUACAGUAACCUGUUCCUUCACCCAAGGAUGUUCUCAUCCAGGCAACUGCCACUCAACCUCAACAGGGAUUUGGCUCCUGUGUAAUUUGAAUGACUGUAUCACAGAAUUGUGAUAACCCCAUUGGAUAUGUGUGUGCUUAAGAAUUGCAUUCACCAGUAAUGGUAAUGGCCGUCUGUGUGAGCAAAUGCUGACCUUGCAAGAGACUUCCAAAGACUAAUAGGGUGAUGGAUGCAUUUGACAAUCUUAUCAGAGAUAUGUUUUGUUUUGUUGAUCGUUCUUGAUGGAUAUUUGUCUAUUCACCCUGGGAUAUGCUACAUUUAAAUUGUGUGAUUCUACAGAAACAUGCUGCAUUCUGGUUCCCGUGGCUAGGAAUGUAGCAAAGUAACCACAACAAACUUUUCUUCAGUCAACAGGUGAUAUGCCUCUCAUUUAUACCUUGCAUCAGACAUCUUUGAUGUCUCUGAGUGUCUUACAAGGAUAUCGUCAGCACUGACAUUUGCUUCAGGCUUGUCUGGAUUUUUGGAUUAUACCAAGGUCUAUACAUCUAUGAUGUCUCUGGGUGUCUUACAGGAAUAUCAUCAACCCUGUCAGCUGCUGGAAAUGUGUCCAGAUGGGCUGGAUGCUAAUGCUCUUGAAGAUUUAUUCCAUGCUUCAUAGCUAUAUGAUGUCUCUGAGCGUCUUACAAGAAUAUCAUCAACCCUGCCAUUGGCUUCAGGCUUAUCCUAGUGGAAACAUGCGUUUUCUUGCUCCUUCUGGAGCUCUCCAAGUGCCAUGAACAGAUGCACGUGCCAUAGAUCCUUAAAGCUCUGCAAGGUGGUCAUCAGGAAUCAAGAUAAUGCUGCAUUUCCGGAUCUACUUUGUAUGAAGAAUCUAGGAUUUUAAACAUACUAUGGACUUUCACAGCAAUGCAGAUGAUGGUGAAUACCAUGAGCAUGGUCAAAGGUCAAACAAGGUUCAAGUUCCAAGUACGGUCAAAAGUUCAAGCAAAGUCGGACGAGGACUGCAGUUCAGAUUCCUUGUGCAAGGCUGAUUGGAAGAAAUUUCAGGUGGGAUUCAAAUGCAUGCCAAAGCUGAAUUUCUUCAAUUUUCCUCAAGUUCUAUUUUAGAAGUUCUAAUAUGUUGGAUGUUCCCGUGUUGAGUUCAUUUCGAUUUUUUUCGAAAGUGCUAUUUUUUAAAUAGUCUGAGUUGAAUGUUCAUAUGUAUACAGUCAACUCUGCAUACUCAUAUUUGAUGAUUAAAAUAGAAAGAUCCCUUGAUUAACUAGUCUGAAGUGAAGCAAAACGUAAACAAAUCAAAGAAAGAAAAGGCAAAAGAAAUAUAAAUGUGAAGAUGAAGAUGAAAAAAAAAAUGUUACAUGAAUUUAAUAAAAAGAACAGAUUGGUAAAACUUUAAACAAAAUUUAAUAUCAUAAAAUGUCAUAUAUAUAUUUGAAAAUUGGGGAUGGCUUCCUCCCCAUCUCCAAUGAAUUUGUAGUCCAUCAUUCUUACAUUUUUCAUUUUUAUUUUUUAAUUCAUCGUUGUUUUGAUGAGAGCAGAGUUGACAGUAGUUGAAUUGUUUUGCUUUUGUUUUGUAAAACAAAAAAAUCAUUUCCUCAAAGUGUUUGUCUUUUUUUUAUCUAGACAUCUUCAGCACAAAUUAGCAUUCUUUAGCUUGCUCUGAUACUUUAAUACCCAGGGGUGAUAUUUUUAGUGCAUUUUAUAUCUUCUGUAGGUAUAUUUCAUACAUUAGCAAAUGGUAUUUUGAUUUUUUUUAAUGCUGUUAUAACUUUAGUUUCAUUUUUGAAAUAACUUUAAUUUAAAUAAAAUCAAACUCACCCCCCCCUACCUGCAUCAACCAUACAUACCUAAAUAUUCUAGUCUGGGUUUUAGAGUGUCAGAGUAUAGUCAAAGAAUGCUAACUCACUUUAUUUUUUUUCAUUUUCAUCUAUUCUUAACUUCAUUGUUAAUUAACGCAUUUACUAACCGAGGAGUUCAAAUUUAUUGGAAUUUUUAUACUUCCAAAGUAUUCUAUCCCAAUUAAUCUGAAGGUGGUGUUCUGAUCGCCAUGGUGCAGUUAAACCUAGGUUAUUUAGACCAUAAUUUUAUGGAGUGCCAGUUGUCAACUUAUUCACUGAUUGAAAAUUUUUCUUAUCCUGCUUCAAAAAAGUUGUCAAACUUUAAUAGAGUUUUGAAAUGGGAAGAACAGGAAAAUGCAAAAAUUUUAUGAAUUCUAAUUUAUUAAUUGUUACAUUAUAAUUGUCGCAAAUUUUGGAAGAAAUAUUAUGAGGCCAGCACUCCAUAGAGGUGUUUUUUUUUAAAUUCUAGUUUAGACUAGGGUUAAACCAAGGUUUAUUUAUCAGAACACCGCCCCAUGUGUUUUAAUUAGCGUGAGGGAAAUUUCAGAAAAUAGCCCGCCAUUCUGUACAUUUUUCAACCCCAAUUUUUUCUACAUUGCUUCAUUUGCUCAAUCCAUGAUUAUUUAAGAGCAUUUCAACUUUCAUAUAAAGUAGAAAUUUGGAUGAAUCGUUUCAGGCCAGUCCCAGUUACUGUAUAAUGGGGUUGGACAAACAUAUAUUUAUAUGAAAUUGCCUUUAAACUAAUUUUGAAAGAACAAUCAUGAUAGUUCAUCUGUGUGGGUUGAAAAUAACAACAUAACUUUUGUUUCGUUUCUCAACACCGUCAUAAGUCUAACUUCUUGACUAAAUCGGAGAUAGUGAGCUACUUGUCCGCUACCGUUUCACGAAGCCCUCUUUACCAAGAUCGGGUACAAAAACCUUACUAAAUAUUUAUGACACCUCCGAACCUGUCAUAACUUCUUUCUUAAUGACGUAGUGGCUAUGACAUGCAAAAGUGCCUGGCAAUUUUACAAUUAUUUAUCUUACGUAAUCAAUCAUAGAGGUUGAAAUUACAUCACAAAAACAAGUGGGAUAAUGCAUUCAAUGAUAAUUGUAAUACAAAGAAACUACAAAAACUCUUGGUAAAAUGCCACAAAACCAUUCAUUUUGAAAUAGUAAAAUAAUUUUUUUUGUGUUGAGAUCCAAAGUUUAAUAUUUUGUUAAUUUUGAAAGUGUUUUUUUUUUUAUAUGAGCCAUAAGGUUGGAAGUAGAAUAGAAUCAAGUUUUUGCCACGGUGGAACACAAUUUUUUCCCUCCAGAUAUUUCAUUCUGGUGAAGUUCAAUACAAUACCUCAAUUAUUGACUGCCUUUCAUUUCAUAAUCCUAUCAAGUUUGUUAAAUGCUAUUCGCCAGAAACUUUUUACUCCAAAUCUGUACAAAUAGAAAAUUGUAUAUAAAACUAUGCACUGCCAAGUAAGUCAUGACGAUCGAGUUCAGGGGGCUGUUUCAUUAAACUUCUUAUAAUAACAAAUUUACAAUAACAGUUAAAAGCUAGUGAAAUCCUUCAAUCUGAUUGGCUGAUAGUAAAAACUUGUUAUAUAAAUGCAUUUGUUAUUAUAACAAGUGUUUAUGAAAGAAACCCUGAUCGGUUGAUUUUAUUUACUUCAAAUUAAACCAAAUGUAACAUUGGGGCCUGGAAGAAAAAUCUGGCUUGAACCCGCACCGGAAGGUUAGCAAAAAGGUUUUCCCGGUCCUGGAAUCGGCCCGGAACUCAAGAACCAUGUUCUGUACUGCACAACAUUGCCGCUGCAGCACCAAAAAGCCUGGCCUCGCUCAGUGCAGGCUAGCGCUAGAUAGUGCACUUUUGCACCCCGCAAUGUUAAAAUAAUUUCACCAAAAUGGCUGAAUCAAUUCCCGAAUAUCGAGUCUUCACAUGAAAUUUUUUUCAACCACAUCGAGCAUCAGGAACAGUUUUAUUUCAGCUUCGAUCUUGAUUUCAUCAUUCAAAUUCUCAGAAUUAGAGUCUCAGUCCACCGUAAACUCUUCUUGAUUUUGGUUGAAAUUAGCGAUUACGUACAGCAAAUGUGAAGUCAACAAAUGUGUUGCUGCCAUCUGACCAAGAAUUCCAGCGGAAGACGUCGAGAUCAAAGCUAAAAUACUGCUGUUUCUGCUGCUUGAUGUGCAUGUUGCUAAAAUUCAUGUUUUUAAAGGAUCGACAUGAGCUUAGGUCACGGAUGGCUUGGCCUCCAUGAAGUUUUUGCUGGAUAAUGAAACCAAACAUCAUAUAACCAGUGCGCAUACAUUCGUAAUUCCGAAGCUUCGUUAUUCCGAAGGUUCGAAUAUUCCGAAGGUUCGUUAUUCCGAACGUUCGUAUUUCCGAAGGUUCGUUAGUCCGAAAACAAAGUGAGGUUCGUAAUUCCGAAGGUUCAUUAAUCCGAAAACGAAAUGAGGUUCGUAAUUCCGAAGGUUCGUUAGUCGGAAAAUGUAAUGAUUAACGAACCUUAUUUCGUUUUCGGACUAACGAACCUUCGGAACAACAAACCUUAUUUCGUUUUCGGAUUAACGAACCUUAUUUCGCUUUCGGAUUAUCGAACCUUCCAAAUAACGCCACAAAUGUUCGGAUUAACGAACCCUUUUACGUUUUCGGAUUAACAAACAUCGAGGUAUAGGCAAUUUGCGUGUUUCGGAAUUACGAACCUUCGGAAUAAAGAACCUUCGGAAUUACGAAGAUUCGGAAUUACGUCGUGUAACCAACCAGUGACUAAUGCCAGAUCAAAAUUGAAAAUCUGGAUUAAAUAUGUGAACCAGACUGGGCACCUACCAAGCAAUGAUAUAUUACUGGCUGAAUGAGAAAAAUAUGACUUGAAUAAUAUGGAGUAAUUCUAUCUAUCUAUCUAUCAAUCAAUCAAUCAUCAAUCAAUCUAUCUAUCUAAUCUUAUCUUAUCUUAUCUUAUCUAUCUAAAACCCAAUAUAUCAAUCAUUUAAAUC